GCAAACCCUGGGCUUGAGGAUGCUCUCCAGGUGCUGCGUCGCAGCUGGGGCCUGCUCAGCCUGGGCGCGCGGCAUUGCCCAGCGCCCUCCAGCUGCACAGCACCACGGGCCUGGCUCGAGCAGGGAGCGGGGCGAGGCUCAGCCCGUCCCUGCCAGCCCGGUACAUCCUGCGCGGGACGUGGGACCGGGAAGCCAGCGCCGGGGGACACCUCGCCCCUGCCCACCUGCUCUGUGCCCCGCUGGCUCCCGGCUCUCGGGCCUGCGCGAGCUCCGGGGCCUCGCUGCCCGCUCUCCUCAGCCAACCUCAUGGAGACGCCCAGCUGCAACCCCAGCCGGCGCUGCCCGGAGCUCCCUCGGAUCAAGGCGCAUAGCUGAGGGGAUUAUGGUAAUCGCCUGCGUCCCACGGCACGGCAAGCUGCAGACCAGCCGCUUGGCACCGGUUCAGGACAUGCUGGAGCUCGGCACAGAGCCCGGCGGGGGCCAGGGAAGCCCCUUGGUGGGUGCCGCAGCCUCGUCGGCCCAGGGGCCAGGCAAGGACUGGGGCCAGCUGUGCUCCCCGCAUGCCCGCAGCUCCCGUCGAUCUGGAGAGCGGGGUCUGGGCGGCUGACAAGUGUCCUGGCCUCGUGCGCCCAUGCUCAGCAUGCGGCGCUUCCUCUGCUGCUCCGUGGUGCACGAGCAGGUGGACCAGGAAAGCCUUGGGGUCAGGCAUUUGGAGGGAGGCACCUGCACGUCCUGAGGCCGGUUCUGGCCCCGUCAUGGGCAGGCGGGGAGGCUGGCGCUGGCAGAGGGUGCAGCGGUGGCAAUGAGCUCCCGAGAGCCGUGCUUAGCCCCGGCAUUAGACACUCCCACGGGGGCAUUGGUGCUUUGUUCUCUGCUCCCAGCUGCCCGGGCAGCGCCGAGACCCCGGGCAGCAGUCGGAGGUGAAAGUGCCGCCUGGAGCACGGCGAGGGCUGCAUCCGGGCAUGGGGUGCGCUGCGUGGUCCCGGCAGAGCGCUGGCUGGCUCUCACCUUCCCUGAGCGGGGUUGCCCGCCCGUGCCCUGCCUUCCCACCUCGGGCAGCCCAGCACACCCCAAGCAGCACCUCCGCGGCCUGGGGGGAGAGCAGGGAGGACUCCCCAGAGGGGCCAGGGCUGGCUGGGGGGAAUCAUCCGAGCUAUUCUUUGUCUCCAUAGCUGCAAAACAUCUUGCAAACAAGCAGGCCGCGCGCUGUCAGGGCUCCCCGGCGCAUUCCAGCCCAGCGGCGCGGCGGGCCAGGAGGGGGGCUCUUCGUCGCUUGAGCUUCCCCAGGGCAGGGGCAGCGGGCCGGGCGUGUUUACGCCGUUCCCCCGUGACGUCAGGCAGGCCGUGGGGGGGUGGGAUGGGCGGAGGGAUGAGGCAGUGGGGCAAGGUUCAGCCUAUAAAGCCAGGUCUGGUCAACCUCAUUCAUUCGCCCGGCAGCCACCGCCGCACCGCACCGCGCCGCGCCGCGAGCUCUGUGUAGGCGACUGCACACUCGGCUUGCGGCCAUGCGCCGCUCGCGGCUGGGCCCGGGCUCCGCCGCCACCUGCCUCAUGCUGCUCUUGCUGCUGUCGCCCCACGUGCAGCCGCGGGGCUGGGACGAGACGCGGCUGCAUCUGGAAACCCUCAAACAGGGCAUCCUCGACCGGUUGGGCAUGCCUGGGCCACCCGCCAUCCGGCAGGCGCUGGACCAGGACGGCAUCCGCAGGGCGCGCCAGCUCUACGAGGAGAGGCUGGCCCUGCUGUGGGGCAACCAGAGCAGGGCAGAGCGCCCCCCGCCCGUCCCGGCCCAUGCCCUUCACCUCCUGGCCCCGACCCUCACGCGCCGCACAGAGGCCAGGGACCGGCCCAGCAGCAGCUACCGCUACGACCUGGCGCUGCCCCGGCCCGAGGCCUUACCGCCCGGGCUCCGCGUGCUGCGUGCCCGGCUCAGACUCUUCAAGCAGCGCCCGGGGGUGCCCGGCACCUGGUGGCCCCCACGGGUGCAGCUCUCCAGGCUCACGAACAGGGGCCCCAGGGCCCUGCGUGCUCGGCUGCUCCCCACGGCCCACCUGAGCCUGGACCUCACGGCUGCCGUCCAGCAGUGGGUGGCGAGCGCUGAGCCGGCGCUCCAGCUGGAGCUGGCCUUUGCCACGGACGUCUCUGCCGCUCUGGCCACUGCCCGUAGUCCCCAGGGGCAGGAGACGCUGGCCCUGGAGGUGGUGACGCAGGCGGGCACGGGGCUGCGGGCACGGAGGCGCCGGGCGCUGGACGAGGAGUGCAGGAAGAGCGACGGGAAGUGCUGCCUCCAGUCCCUCAAGGUGUCGUUCCAGGACAUCGGCUGGGCCGACUGGGUCGUGGCCCCCCACAGCUACAGCAUGCGCUUCUGCCAGGGCUCCUGCCCCCACAACUACAAGCCAGCCAGCAUGCACGCCCAGGUCAAGGCCCGCAUGCACGCGCUAGCCAAGGGCACGCCAGCGCCCUGCUGCGUGCCCGCCGCCUACGACCCCAUGGUGCUCAUGCACUACGACAGCACGGGCGGCCUCACCUCCACCGUCUUCGAGGACAUGGUCGUCACCAAGUGCCACUGUGCCUGAUGCCAGCCACGCGGGGGCAGACCCGGGCACCGGCACAUGGCGGGACCUUCCCUCCCGCCCCAGGAUGAGCUGCAGGGACCCUUUUGUGACCCCCAUGGCAGAGCCGAGAGGCAGCCCCUGCCCGCAGACGCCUGCUCGCUGUCAUCGUCUCAUGGCGCGCGGCCCUGCUCCACGGGCUGGUCCCGUGCGCCUGGGAGCCAGCUCUGACCUGGUCCUUGUGUGUGUCGCGCUGGCUGGACUGAGCAGUCGGAGGCCGGGGCUGGCACGGGGAAGCCACAUGUGACGGCCUGGACCUUUCAGCCCUUCCCCCAUCAUGCCCUUGCCUCAGUUUCGUGGCAUCCUCUGAUGGUGGUGAGGAUUGCCCAUCUCAGGGCCUGAGCCGUGCCCCUGUCCGGUCAGGGCCGGCCCCACGGCCAUGUGGGUCCCAGCCGUGUGCCUGCUAGUGCUGCACUGUGACUGGGAUUUAUUCAUACGACCUCUAUUUAUUGCUAAUUUAUUAGUAUUUUAUUGCCACGAGAGUGCUCUGGCUGGGAAAGGCCUUCCCACUGGCCCCUUUUGUACAUUCGUGGCGAGUUGCCGCGAUGAGGGAGUCCAGUAAAGUGCGGGAGCUCCCGUCUCUGCGUGGGCAGAGCCGUCCUCGGGCGAGCGCUGCAUCCCUUGGCACAAGACCUUUCCAGACCCCCCGGCAGAGAACCAGGCUGCGACAGCGAAGAGCAGGUC